CUAAUCACAACGUCACGCAACAUCAUCGUGUGCGCUGAGUCGCGCCGAGAUAUGGAAGAAUGGAUUAACGCACUUAAAAUGGCAGCUAACAAAGAAUACUACGAGCAAGGUCAGACGAGUCACACAGAAAUGAUGUCCGGUCAACAUAACUGGUACGCGUGCUCGCACGCGCGACCUACUUACUGCAAUGUGUGUCGCGAGGCACUGUCUGGUGUCACCUCCCACGGCCUGUCCUGCGAAG